CGUUAGCUAAAGAGUAAUGAUCGAGUAAAAUGCUCGAGGCCUGAAGCCUUCGUUCUUCAGUGCUUCGUUCCCAGAACCUUCGAAACCCUCAUACCCCAUUUGUCUCCCUCUUUCUCAUCCUCCUGCCAUUGCCAUCAUCUGCAGCCCGCCGCUGCCAGUCUCCAUACUCGAAGGCCGAAAUCCCACGGCCAUCAUUGCAUCUGCUUCAAGGACUCAACUCGAGAAUCGUAAUAGUGUUUGAUGUAAUAUCAGCAGCUGAAUAAAGUAUCAUGCUUGGUUUACGUGCCUCAGUAGCAACGGUUUCUGAUAUUGGUCUUCGGAUUCUUCCAAAUUUAUCGCUUCAUGGUGUGCGUGUCCAUUGCAUUAAUAUUGGAGGAGGAAUAGGGGAGAUUCCAGACAAGAAGCGCCUAAAGAUUGCCCUUCAGCAAAUUCAUGGAAUAGGCCGGGCAAGAGCUGGCCAAAUCCUUUCUGAGCUCAGCAUCACAAACAAGCUCGCCAGGGACUUAACAGGAAGAGAAGUCUACUCACUCCGUGAGGAACUCAGUCGGUACAUGACUGGGCAUGACUUGAACAACCAAGUUACGAAGGACAUAGGGAGGUUGAUGGAGAUUCAGUGCUACAGAGGGAUUAGGCAUAGUCAGGGGUUACCAUGCAGAGGACAGCGCACACACACCAAUGCCCGGACCUGGAGGGGUAAGGCAACUCCCCUUGCUGGAAAGAAGAAAAUCUAACUAUAUCUAAUCCUUGUCCUCUUGUUUUGAGUUUGGGCUUAUGGCUCAUCAAUUUGGAGUACCCCUUUUUUAUUUUUAUUUUUUGAGUCGAACUGCAUUGCUCAACAUUGUUAAUACAUUGUUGCUCUUUCAGAAGUUUAGGUCCUUGAGAUUUUAUGGUUAUGUGAUCUUUCAUGUCCACAAUGAGCAAUGAAUAAUAAUAAUUUUCUCGGGAUGCAUUUUUAAUUAUAAUGUUGUAAUUAUCCUUUUUGCGAA